AUGGCACCGAAGAGCCAGAAAGAAAUUGAAGAGAUGAAGAGAAUACCGUUCAAAGAAGCCGUUGGAUGUUUGUCUUUUGUAGCCCAGAUCACCCGUCCGGAUAUUGCGUAUGCAUUGAAUGCUGUGAGCCAGUUCAGUUCCAACCCAGGACGACAACAUUGGGAGGCCGUCAAAAAGAUAAUGCGCUAUCUUAAAAGGACAUCAUUGAAGAAGCUGGAGUAUACCAAUCACGGACCUCGUGAUCUUGUGGGAUUUAGCGAUGCCGAUUGGGGAGGAGAUCCUGACAAUCGGAAAUCGACGACAGGCUACGUGUUCACCUUACAAGGAGGAGCCAUAUCAUGGAAUGUAAAAAAGCAGCCUACCGUCGCUCUAUCAUCAUGUAAGGCAGAGUACAUGGCGUUGUCCUGCACAAUACAAGAACCUAUGCGGUGGAACAACUCACGUUCUCAGAUGUCUGAAGAUCGCCCGAUUUUCGUCAAGUGUGACAACCAGGCUGCAAUCAGCAUCGCAAAUAAUGGCUCAUACAACCCUCGCACAAAACAUGUUAGUAUUCGCUACCAUUUUGUGCAUGAUAGUCUCGAACAAGGUGUUGUACAACUGGAUUAUCUACCAACGAAGGAGCAACCAGCCGACGGAUUCACGAAACCAUUAGCUGUUCAGAAACAAAGACAAUUUUGUGAAUUACUUGGCGUCUCGGAUUAA